CCUCAAAAAAAGAAAAAAGAAAAAGAAGGAACUAACUAAAAUCAAACCAAGUAGUAAAGUAACAAUAAUAAAAGUGUCUCCUUUGAAAAAGUAUUGCUCGUCUUUUGCUACUUACCAGUAGUAGCAAGACUGAGACCAGUGACCACACUUUGUAGUAGCUUAGCUGGGCUUUUAAAGUUGUAACCUUGUAUCUGCUGGGAUUCAAUACUUCAAUGGGUCUGCUGCCUUUUGUAGACUUGUAGUUGUCUCACUAUUCGACCACUCUUCUUCUGAUUUUUCAACCCCAAGUGCGGGCAAUGGAGGUGUAAGUUCUGGUGGGUUUUCGAAUUUCAACGGUUAAAAAAAGAAAAUAUAAAAUUAGAUUUGUAUGUGUUUGGUUUGGAACUUGAAGCUAGGCCUUUGGAGGACUUUGUGGCAUGAAUCUUUAGUUAUUAAUUUAUUUGUUUAAAAAGAAAAAAGAAAACAAAGAAACAAAUCAUCAGAUAUAGAAAGAUAAACAAAUAGUGGGGGAGUGUGGUGGAGUCAGAUUUGUGCUUGUGGGUGUCUCUGGUUUUUUAGAAUAGUUUAGUGUUAUGAGUCUGUUGGCAUUGUCUCCUGGGGUGACUUGGUGAGCCCGAGCUCCGUGGGCUUUGCCGCCGACCAAGGAAACACCCUCUUCUUUGGCUCUCUUGCCAUUCAAGAGAACCAUUUCUUUUCCCUUUUAAAUAUUGACACAACCUAUCUCCUCUUCCACAUUUCUUUCUCUCUCUCUUACUCAGACUUUCUCAGCUUUGGUUGCUGUCAAGAUUCGGUCUUGCCCCGUAUAGCAUAUAUCCUUCACCAUCUUUGAGAUCCUACUUAUUUUUUUUCUUAAUCUCAGGAAGUUGGUUAUAUAGUGAGAAUCUCUGGUCCCCAUCUUACACAAUCCGGGAACUAACUUAUCUUCAAAUAAGAGUAUGCACUUUUAUAUUAGGGGAUGACUGGUGUUCAAGCAAGUCUUUGAUUUAACUAGUUGAGUAGCGGGAAAGGUUUGUUUCUUCUAGCAGCAGAUCUUUUACUUUUCCAAUAUGAAGUUUAUGAAACUUGGAUCCAAGCCGGACUCCUUUCAGAAUGAAGGGAAAAAUGUCAGGUAUGUGCCAAGUGAGUUGACUACAGACAUCACUGUAAAUGUAGGGGAUGUAAAGUUUAAUCUGCAUAAGUUUCCUCUUUUAUCAAAGAGUGUCUACUUGCAGAAGUUGGUUGCUACAGCUAGUGAUGAAAACAGUGAGGGAGUUGAUAUUUCUGACAUUCCUGGUGGCUCUGAUGCCUUUGAGAUCUGUGCCAAAUUUUGUUAUGGCAUGACUGUUACCCUCAACCCCCAUAAUGUUGUUGCAGCAAGAUGUGGGGCUGAGUACUUAGGAAUGCAUGAGACUAUUGAGAAAGGAAAUCUCAUAUACAAGAUAGAUGUCUUCCUUAGCUCUAGCAUUUUCCGCAGUUGGAAGGACUCCAUCAUAGUUCUUCAGACUACACAGUCUCUCUUACCAAUGUCUGAGGACCUGAAAUUGGUUGGCCGCUGUGUUGAGUCUAUAGCUACCAAGGCCUGUGUUGAUGUAUCAAAAGUUGACUGGUCAUAUACCUAUAAUCGGAAAAAGAUAUCUGAGGAAACCUGUAAUGAACCAAAUUUGAAUGGUGGCGUAAAGCGUCCUGUGCCGAAGGAUUGGUGGGUUGAAGAUUUGUGUGAGCUUGAGAUUGAUCUAUACAAUCGUGUCAUAACAAAUAUAAAAAGCAAAUCACUAGUGUCUUCUGAAGUAAUUGGCGAAGCCCUGAAAGCUUAUGCGUACAGAAGGUUGCCUGGCUUAAGCAGGGGUAUUAUCCAGUCUGGAGAUGUGGUAAAAUAUCAGUCAACAGUAGAUGCAAUUGUUUGUCUGUUGCCUGCCGAGAGAGGCAGUGUCUCUUGUAGUUUCCUGCUAAAGUUGUUGAAAGCAGCGAGUCUUGUGGACUCUAGAGAUAUGGUCAAGGAAGAGCUUGUGAGAAGAAUAGGGCAGCAAUUGGAGGAGGCAUCUGUAAAUGACAUUUUGAUACGAGCACCGGAAGAGGACACUGCAAUGUAUGACGUUGUUGUUGUGCAGAAAAUAGUUGAGGAGUUCUUAAGGCAAGAUCAGAACACUGAGAUUGAAUCACUAGAAGAUGGCGAUCACCUCCAGAGGGUGCAGCCUGGGAUUUUAUCUGAUGCUUCCAAGUUGAUGGUUGCCAAGUUGAUUGAUGGCUAUCUAGCUGAAAUCGCAAAGGAUCCGAAUUUACCAUUGUCAAAGUUCGUUGGUCUUGCUGAGAUAGUAUCAGGUAUCUCUCGGCCUGCACAUGAUGGGAUAUAUCGAGCCAUUGACAUGUAUCUCAAGGAACACCCGGGGAUCACCAAAAGUGAGAGGAAAAGGAUAUGCAAACUGAUGGACUGCAGAAAGCUAUCUGUUGAUGCUUGUAUGCAUGCCGUACAAAAUGAGAGACUCCCAUUGCGGGUGGUUGUGCAGGUACUCUUUUUUGAGCAGGUGAGGGCUGCUGCAUCGUCAGGCAGCAGCACUCCUGACCUGCCUAAGAGCAUCAAGGAUUUAAACAGCACCUCUCAUGGGAGCUCAAGGUCUGCGACAACAAACACAGAGGAAGACUGGGAUGCAGUGGCCACAGCUGAGGAGCUCAGGGCCCUUAGGGGGGAGCUAGCCUCGUUGAGGUUAAGCAAUGGAGUUAGUGGAAGUGAGAGGAAUGGUGGUGGAGAUGUCAAAAGUGGUGUGGACAAGGCUACUAUAAGUAAAAUGAGAGGGCUACUUAAAUCCAAAAAGAUCUUUGCAAAGCUCUGGUCAAGCAAAGGGGCACAAGGUGAGAAUAGUGGCUCCGAUUCCUCGGAGAGUCUCGGCUCUGCCAAUCCAGAAGAAGUUAAAUCAACACCCUCCAGAAAUAGGAGACAUUCAGUUUCGUAGUGGGAAUUAACUACAAGACAGAAAAUAGGUUUUGGUCUUUUUUUUUUUUUUGAGGUUCUCUUCUGUUUGUGACCAUUAGAAACUUGGAAAAACUAUGGUUGUCUUCUAAUUAAGCAAGAAAUGAAGUAAAUAUAUCAUUUAGAAGAAAAA